AUGGAACCCCCCAGCGACACUACCCCGGUCAAGGCAGAGGAUCCUCACGACCGUCCCCAGAUCGAGGUCCUGGAUAAAUCUAAGCAACCCGCCGCACCAGACCAGUUCGAUGAAAAGUACCGCACGAGCCAGACAGAAAUCUGGGCCUACUACGCCUAUUACAUCGGAAACAAUGGACUGUCCCUGUUCAACUUUGCACCCACUGCAUUCCAAAACCUGCUGUCCCAAGCCGCGCCCGUUGAUGGCUACCUACAAUUCGCCGGUCGCGCCCGCAAUAUCAAUAGUAUCGUGCUCCUAUGCAAUGGCAUCUCCUUCGCCAUCCAAGUAGUCGUCUUCCUAGUGAUCGGCAGCUUUGCCGACUUCGGCAACUGGCGACCCAACAUUCUCAUCGCCCUGUCCAUCGUCGCCUACGCUAUCGGAUUCGGAUGGCUGGGUGUUCAUACUUCGGAUGAAUGGCAAAUCGGCGUUGGUCUGUACAUCGUCGGCCUGAUCGCUUACCAGACAACCUUGACCUUCUGGACCGCCGCGUUCCCGGGCCUGGCUCGCAAUACAUCCGAGUUGAAGGACAAAGCAGACGCAUAUCAAGGCGGAACCAUCACCCGCGAUGAAUACGACUAUGCUGACAUGAUGAUGCGUAGUCGUCUGGCUAAUAUUGCGUUCUAUGUCCAGUCAGUAGCCGAGAUUUUUAUCUUGGCGAUCAUCGUCGGGAUCAUGUUCGGCUUGCAUGUCAAUGCUAGCGAGGCUAACAACAAUUGGGGAAUCAGCGUACUAAUUGCUUUUGUGUCCGGUGUCUGGCUGCUGGUUUCCCUGCCGUGGUUUUUCCUCGAGAAGCGUCGUCCGGGUCAAGAUCCGGGUCGGCGAGGUAUUCUCAUCGCGGGCAUGUGGCAGCUGUGGCAUGCGAUGAAACAGAUUUGGAAACUGAAGCAGAGUCUCAUCUAUCUUAUCGGCUAUUUCUUACUGGGAGAUUCUUUGAACACCACCGUCACUGUGAUUUCGACUCUGCAGAACAGUGUUGUUGCCUACAAUACUCUAGAACUGACAUACCUUUUGAUCGUCGGCAUUGCCGCGCAGGCAAUUGGCAUCUACUCGUUCUGGUGGAUCCAACAGCGUUACCGACUGGGAACCAAGACAAUGUUUAACGCCAUUGCAUUCUGCAUCGUUCUUCUCGAUGGCUGGGGCAUGAUCGGUAUCUGGACCCACAAGUUUGGGUUCCACAAUGCCUGGGAGUUCUGGGUAUAUCAAGCAUUCUACGGUCUCUUCGUCUGCCCCUGGUAUAGCUACUCGCAAAUCAUGAUCUCGGAAGUCACUCCGCGCGGCCACGAGUUCCUGUUCUUCAGUCUCUUCAGCAUCAUCGGAAAGACUUCAUCCUUCAUCGGACCUCUCGUCUCUAGCGCCAUCAUCGACGCGAGCCCGUCUGGAAAUGUCUCCACUCCGUUUUACUUCUUGUUUGCGCUGAGUCUGGCCAGCUUUGCUGUCCUCUUCCUCUGCGUCGAUUUGAAGAAGAGCCAGCUCGAGCAGGAAAAGUUUCUGCUGGAUAAGCUGCAGCGACUGGAGAGUAGUUCAUCCGAGUCGACCGAGGAGAGGGUAUAG